AGUAGUGCUGAGUUAAGCGAAAUUUAAUAAUUUUUCAGGUCACCGAUGGAAAAGUGAAGUGACAACGUUUAUAAAGUGGGUAAUUAAUGUUGCGGCUGGAUUUUUCUUUUUUAAAAAAAAAUGGUCUGGUUUUUCUUUUAUAAGAUUCGCGGAUUUACUAUGGGUGUAGACGUUUAAAAGUAAAGUAUAUAUAAUAUAAUUUGGAGCGAGUGCGUCAGUGGGGGAAGAUGUUUCGUAUGGACAGGGACAGAUUAAUGAAAAGCACCAGCUGAAAACGAGGCUGUGGUGAGGCGGAGGAAUAUUGAAUAACAUCAAAAUAGUCAAGAUGGCGUCACCAUCCAUCUCCGUUGUCAUUACAAAGCUCUACUGCUCUCCCUACUCGGCAAAUUGUCGCCACACUGUAGCGAUCGAGCAUUUACUGCAGUGCUAAGCACCAUCUCGCCCCUUUUAACUAAACCGUGAUGUCUGUGUAUACGCAGUCCAAUGAGAAAUACCAACACCUGCGACAUCAACAAAAUCAGGAGGCGGGAGAAGCUGUUAUUGGUUUUACAAGCGCUGACCGUUUCUGUUAUUUCCUUCUUUAUCAGCCCGUCACAUGUAUAAUCUUUGCUAUGAGUGUUUCUUACCAAAUUCUUAAUAUCGAUUCGGACAUCUGUACUGAAGAUCUGAGUGUCACAUCUGAUAGGAGUGCUAAUGCUUCCAGCCUGGAGAAUCGUCUUUUAGCCCUGGGACAAGAUGACAACAGCGUCAGCGAAUAUUUCAACUGUAUCGUUUACCUUCUUUUUAAAAUUAACACUGUUAUCAAGUAUAAUAAUCUCAAAGACAAAAUAACCUUUCUCACUGGAACUUUGUUGAGGAUAAGUUUAUUAUAGCAUCUUUUCGGACUAUUGAUGUAUGCAGCAGGCGAAAGUACAUUGCUAAUAUGUAGAUGUGACAUGGCUUUUUAGAACAAAGAUGGAAAAUAGGUUCAAAAUUACUCAAUCAACAAUAGAAAGUACCACUGAGCAAGAUCAGAAACGCAUUACUCACAACAAUUCCGAAAAGCAGCGAAAAGAGAAAAUCAAGACUAAAAUUGAAAACAUUGGUCACCUUUUGCCCCGAAUAAGAAAUAAUGAAAAGCAGAGUACACUGGCAAUAUUGGAACGAGCUGCUGAUUAUAUUACAGAAAUACAGGAUAAAAAUGACCAAUUGAUGUGUGAUAAUGGAGUGGAAGUUCAAACUGAAGAAAUUCAUUCUUUAAGGCAAGAAUUGGAUAAUAUUAAAUCUCAGCGGGAUCGUUUGACAGAUUUAAUAAAAACUGCUGGUAUCUCAUCUCUACUGAACUCCUCGUGGAAAGGUAGAAAGGUGGACAGCACUUCUAAUUCUUCAGACAGCAGACCUGAAUCAGCAGAUACAACCUCAAAUGUCCUGCAGGCAUCGUCGAAAAAAGAUAAAGACACAGAGGGCGCUACUAAAAGCUCAAAAUCCAAAAGACCUAACACAAUACAUUCUCAACUCGAAAGUAUAGCUAACAAAAAGCAGAUAGCCAAGUUGGCACAAGAAACCAUUACAAAAAUGAAUUCUGGAAGUAUUCUUAUGCCUAGCCUUAAUAAUUUUAAUGGCAUGCAAGCCACUAAUAUCUUACCUGCUGGAAUUAAUCAGCAGCAGAUAUUUGCAGCUGCUCCUAAUUUGUUAAAUACUUCUCUUUCAAAUGCCAUUCUUGCCUCGAAUGCACAAGGGCAAGUUAUUUUCAGCAAUGCAAAUUCUGCUGGUAGUUUUGUCAAUUUACAAGGAUCUUCUACACAGCCAAGUGUUGCCUUUGUUUCACCAUCUUCUAAUCUUCUUGCAAAUAAUUCCGAGAAAGGAAACAGUGAUGGCUCUGGACUGUUACAGAUUGCAAUGAGAGAUGCGGGUAUUACUUCAGUCACUCAGUCAUUUAUAACACCUCCCCAAUUGCCCCAGAUUACAUCUCAGGCACAACAAGCUAUGAUUAGCUCCAUAGCGAGUACAAAUGCUGAAACUAUGAUUUCUGCCGAUUCUUCGCAAGGACAGCAACCAACACCCCAGCAGACUCUAGCUUCAGUAGUUUCAAAUAACCAGUGUAUAAACACUGGUUUUAUGAACUCUUCGUUUUUCAGUGGAAAUAAUUGUUUCCAGCAGGGUUCGAACACAAUUACCAACACAACCCAAGCUAUAAAUACACAGGUACCAAUCAUGUCGAUUGGACAGUCAAAUUAUAACCAAAUUCUACAAAAUGGUAAUGCACUAAUUAACGUGCCAAUUAUGAAUGCUGCCAACCAGUCGUUACCUGUUGGUGGUGCUCUGCCAGGGAUUGGAGGGAUACAAGGUCUUCAAACAGGUCAAGGACAGAUCGUUUUGGUUAAUGACCAUAGUGGACUUUCUUUGAUGCCCAACUAUCAAAUGGUCGUUGACCCAACAACUUUAGCGCUAACAAACAACUCACGGCAGUUUUCUAAUGAUAAAGUUGCUACCCAGAAGCUGGGCCAUGCAGUGGACCAAACAAAGAUGGCACUGACUAAUGUGAUAAACAACACAGAGGUACUAAAUCAUGCAGCUACCCUCCCUGUUCAGAAUCAACAACAGGCAACACAGCAAGGCAUUACUCUUCAAAACACCAUCAAUGCUCAGGCAUUGGCUUCCAAUCAAGCUCCGGCAAUGCAGCAGCUAGCAUUUCAGCCUGCUCAGCAGACAAUAUCGCUAGGUGCCACAAAUUCUGUGAUUCAACAGGCACAAAUGAACAAUCAGUUGAGUGCUCAGCAGCAGCAAAUGCUGUCGGCUCCUUAUGCAAGUGCAAAUACUAACUUUUUAAAUCCCAAUCCAGGUCUUGUCUUGCCUGUUAGUCAAAAUGGAAACUUACUUACUCUGAAUACAGUUCCCAGUCAACCAAAUCAGUUACCAACAGCACUUAUUUUACCCAAUGGACACAUCAUUCCUGUGGUUACACAACCACAGGUCUUAUUACAGCAGCAACUACAACAACAACAAAUCCAGCAGCAAUUGUUAAAUGCUAAUUGUCAGCUCCAAGCCGCUGUCGCUGCUCAAACCCAAGCUAUACAUCCAUCACAAAUUCCUGCUAAACUAGCAGUUGUUGGAAAUUUGGGUAACAAUAACAUACCGAUUAUUGACUCUAAUUUGACUACUAUACUAAACCCUCCGAAUGUGCAGUGUCAGAAUCAGUCUGCCCUUGUUCAGAGUCAACAAAAGCCUCCAAUGGGUCUCCUCAUGACAACAACCAUAUCGAAUUUCCCAGUGUCUAAUGCUGCUACCACUGUGGCUUCCAUCAACAAUAAUAUGGUUACAACGUCGGCGACACAGAGUGUCAUGACAACUCAAGUGCAAGCUUCUCAAAUGCAUCGGCCAACAAGUGCUCCUGCAUUUGUGAAAAGGUCCGAAACGCAAACAUCUGAUUCAAAAGGUGUGGUGAUGUCCACCACAACAGGUUCGUUAAUGCAGUUUAGAACAUCGAAUACAUCCACACCUGACAACAGCAUACUUCUUGGGAACGUGUCUCAGACUAAUUUGCAGACAGCCGUGGGAACAGUGCCUUCGCAGACUGACUCUUCUGUAACUUCAUCUUUGCCAACAAAUCUUCAAAGUUCUUUACCUGUGAAUCAGUCAGGACAAACUAACGGACCAAACGGGACUAUUCUAAUUACAUUUGGUCCACCUGGUGGACAGCAGACGUGUUGUAUUUUAAACCCUAAUUCUAUGCAAGGACUUGGAAAUAUCUCAAAUCAGCAACCUUCUCUGCCAGCAAUUUCCACCAUUCCAACUACGAUAUCUUCAACUAAUCCUACAGUUUCAAGUAAGAAAAAUAACAAAAAAAAUUCUCAGAGAACAAUUGUACCCAAACCCCCUAAAGCCAAUCAAACAAAUCCAUUACCUUCCGUGUGUUCCAUGAAUAGUUCCAACUCAGUAAGUUCUACACAGGUUUCUGUGUCUUCAACUCUCUGGAACACCACUCCACUGAGCUCCGAUCAAGAGGCUUCUAGUACAACUAUGCAAAACGUAGUCAGCACAAACGAUAUUUGUGUGUCUACUACUGCUGAAUCAACAAUUAUACAAUCACCUUCAACUUCUAAUACUUCAGAAAAUACUGGUACCACAGAUAUUCUGGCAAAAGCUGCAGAGUCCAUAUUUUCUUCUUCUUUACAAGACAUAUCUCCUCCGAUAAGUAGUUUUUAUAAUCCGGCUAAUGAAGAUAAUCCUCUGCAUAUAGACACGAGUGCUGGAGAGACUGAAGAUGAUUGUAGUGCACAAUCGCCUUCGAAAGAAAGUUGUGAUAGCGAUCAUAUUCCAACAUCAAGCCGAAUAGAGAUGGAGGUUGAAACUCAGAGUACACAUUCUUUGGAUAAUGCAUGUAGUAACUUGACUGUGUCGUCUCCAUCUACAUCAACAUUUUUCAAAGAAUCAGAUAUAUGUGAGUCUAUUGGGGCAGUAAGCAAGCGCGGUAAUUUAAAAUCUAAGAUUAUUGAACCAGAAAAAGAGAAAAUGAAAAAAGAUUUCAAAAAAUUACCUGAUAGCAAAAAGCUAACAAAAAGCCAGUUUCCAUAGCUAUAUCUGAAGCUAUUAAUUUCGCUUCAAACCAGUUUCCUGGUGUCCUCGAACAAGUUGAAUCAGUAAGUAUGGAGAAGAAAAAGCAAAAAGCUCUUAACAAAGAACUUGUCAAAAAAACUUUAAAAGUGCCUGUUAAAAAGCAAACUCCAUCAGUUGACAUUCCUGAUGAGAUUGUUUUUUACGGAAAGUGAGAUAAGUGAUGUAUUAGACCAGGUGGAAAACUUAAGGAAUACCUGGGCCAAUGAAAACGAUCAAAAAAGAACAAGAAGCGCAAAGGUAAAUCAAACUGCACUGACUUGGAUUCUGAUCAUUUGGUUAUGAACAAAAAGAAAAAGCCUCAGAUUAAAGAAUCCUUAAUUGAAGUUGAAGAAAUUAAAAUAAAUUCUUCCGUCUGUGAAAGUUCAAUGAAUGCAGAAGAGAAUCCUUCUGAAUUGCUCUCCCCAGAUUCUACUACAGUUACUAAAACAGUGUCAAAUUACACACCUUCUAGUACUGAUGAAUCUCCUUCUGGCUCUAAUGGAGAAAAUACAUGUGAAAAGAGUGUCAAUUAUGACCCCUAUGACAUAACUCUGGCUUUAGAGGAAUCAGAACCAAUCAAAUCAUUUAGAGCUAUUGAUUCUUCUAAAACUUUUUGCCAACCAAAUAGCUCUCAGGUUGUUGCAUCUUAUCCUGGAAAGAUGAUUGAAAAGACACAGUCGUCUCCAACAGAAAUGGCCUGUUCGACAUCUAUUCACUCACACAACCAGAGCAAUAGGCUUAGUAGCCGACUAUCUCCUACGAGUACUGGUGCUACCAGCAGUAACUGUAUAAGCAGUAAUAAUGGCAACAGCAAGAACAACCGCUCACGAUCAAAUUCUAUUAUUGAUCAGCAGAAGUCACUUCAGCUCGCCUGUAAUUCUCAACCUACGUCAAAUGAAGACAAUA